GACUAAACUUCCGGGCGCGGAGGUUUGCGCGCCUUGGUGAGCCGUUGGCUUGGUGGUCCCUGUGUGGUCCCGGCGGCUGGUGGGGAAGACAAGGAGGGUGAUUUCCCCAGAAGAGGCUUCAGCCGGCAGCUGCGAACCGAAGCUUCCUCCCCCGGCGUCUGGCUCCUCCUUGACACACGCCUUAUCACAUCCACUCACAGCGAGGUCGCAGUGCUUAAGGACGAACAGGUUUGAGCAUGGCAGAAGGAGACACCCUGAUAUCAGUGGAUUAUGAAGUUUUUGGGAGGGUCCAAGGGGUGUUUUUCCGCAAGUAUACUCAGGCUGAGGGUAAAAAGCUGGGAUUGGUAGGCUGGGUCCAGAACACUGACCAGGGCACAGUGCAAGGACAAUUGCAAGGUCCCAUCUCCAAAGUGCGUCAUAUGCAGGAAUGGCUGGAAACAAGAGGAAGUCCCAAAUCACACAUCGACAAAGCAAACUUCAACAAUGAGAAAGUCAUCUUAAAGUUGGAUUACUCAGACUUCCAAAUUAUAAAAUAAUGGUCUCACUUUAAACAUCUCAGUGGUUUGGUUUUUAUUGUUAAUAGAGAUAGAACUAUUGUGUGUUAAUAUUAGCAUUAGUCAAUAAGUUAUUUUAAUGUCAGAUAUUUGAAUGUUAUUACAUUACCUGUAUGAUGGAAGGAUUACAACUGUACACAAAUCUAAUCAAUAAAAACUUUAGAACCCUC